AGAACUUUUAUUUCUCCGUCUUUGUCUAACUUGUAAAUUCAAACAGAGUCGUCAACAAAUACACGCACGCAGCCACGUUUUCUCCUCCUCCCCCUAUAACUAUUACACCCACUGCCUCUUCUCUUCAACCUUUUCCUUCUCUGGUUAGUUUCAAGCACAAAUCAAACCACCCUUUCAAAAAUUUCAAACAUAAUCCUCCCAGUUUCACCAAUUCAAAUUUCAAAUUUUCACAUAUAAAAUGCUCUCGUUGCCGCCGACUAAUUAAUUGCUUGUUUCUUUCCAUCACCUUUUCUUUAAAUUAACUUUCCGGCGACAUGGUAUCAACACAAAGCGUGGGCGUUAUAGGCGGACCAACCGAGAAAACCCAACGCCUACGGUGGUGGCGCGUGCACGAUAAUGGCGGCGUUUCAUCUACUCUCUCUUUUCUGUUUGUUUCGUUUAUGGUUUUCAGUUCAAUUGGGUUUUUGUAUACGUAUACGAUGUACAAGAACCCUAAUUAUUCAGUGGGUUGUGAAGAAGACAGUGAAGGUUCAUGGUCAAUUGGAGUUUUCUAUGGCGAUUCGCCGUUUUCGCUUAAACCCAUUGAAACUAUGAAUGUUUGGAAGAACACAAGUGCAGCAUGGCCGGUGGCUAACCCGAUUGUUACUUGUGGUUCGGUUACUGAUUCUGGGUUUCCGAGUAACUUUGUUGCCGAUCCUUUUCUCUAUGUUCAGGGAGAUGUAUUGUACUUGUUCUUCGAAACCAAGAAUUCGAUCACCAUGCAAGGUGACAUCGGAGUCGCCAAAAGCAUCGAUAAUGGAGCUUCUUGGGAACAGCUGGGAGUCGUUUUAGAUGAAGAAUGGCAUCUCUCAUAUCCAUACGUGUUCGACUACAAUGAUCAAAUCUACAUGAUGCCAGAAGGAAGUAAAAAGGGCGACCUCCGUCUUUAUCGAGCUGUCAACUUCCCAUUAAAAUGGGAACUCGAAAAAGUCAUCUUGAAAAGACCUCUAAUCGAUUCAUUCAUCAUAAAAUACGAAUCAAGAUACUACCUUUUCGGGUCGGAUCAUACCCGAGUCUCCACAAAGAAAAACGGUGAACUCGAAAUAUGGUAUAGCUCGCCACUCGGGCCAUGGAAACCGCAUAAAAAAAACCCGGUUUACAACACCGAUAAAGAAACCGGAGCCCGAAACGGAGGUCGACCCUUUGUUUACAACAAAAAUGUCUACCGAUUAGGUCAAGAUGAUGGUGAAACAUACGGGAAACGUGUUCGUGUUUUCAAAAUCGAAGUUUUAACCCCGUAUAAUUACCGAGAAGUUGAAGUGGAAUUCGGGCUUCCAAAACCAACAAAAGAACGAAACGCGUGGAACGGGGCCCGGUCCCACCAUCUGGACACACAACAGUUACCAUCCGGUCAAUGGAUCGCAGUGUCCGAUGGGGACCGGACCGCAUCCGGGGACAUGUCCCAUCGGUUCAUCAUCGGGUCAUUGUUGUUGUUUUCUACGGGCUUGCUUGUGUUAAUCAUGGGUAUGUUGCUAGGGUUUGUUCGGUGUAUUGUCCCACUUAGUUGGUGCCCGCAUAAUAUCAAGAAACGAACCGAUGCAUUUUUCGUUUGGGAAAGAUCGAGCCAUUUGUCGUCUAGGGUACGACAGUAUUGCACGCGGUUAAACCGGUUGACCGCGGUUCUGCGGUGUAAGAUGAACCCUAAAACGAGUCUUGGGCGGUUCGCGUUUAUUGUUAUUUUAAUCGGUUCGAUCGUGUUAAUGUGUGUCGGGCUUGGGUACAUAUACGGUGGAAGUGGGGCCCGAGAGCCAUAUUCAGUCGACCACCAUUAUUCCCAAUUUACCCUUUUAGCCAUGACCUACGAUGCUAGGUUAUGGAACUUAAAAUGGUACAUCCAACAUUACUCUCGGUGUUCAUCGGUUCGUGAAAUUGUGGUGAUUUGGAACAAAGGAAUGCCUCCGGACAUUACUGAGUUUGACUCGGCGGUCCCGGUUAGGAUCCGAGUCGAGUCAAAGAACUCGUUAAACAACCGGUUCAAACUCGAUCCGUUGAUUAAAACCAAAGCGGUCCUUGAGCUAGAUGAUGACAUCAUGAUGAGUUGCGACUAUAUUGAACGCGGUUUCAAAGUCUGGAGACAGAACCCAGACCGUUUAGUCGGGUUCUAUCCGCGUCUGGUCAACGGGCCUGGCCCGUUGACCUACCGCGCUGAGAAACAUGCGCGGAAGUUUAACGGUUAUAACAUGAUUUUGACCGGGGCGGCGUUUAUGGAUCAUCGGGCAGCGUUCGGGCUGUAUUGGAGUGAAGAAGCACGGGUCGGGCGGGAGGCAGUAGACGAGCUUUUUAAUUGUGAGGAUGUUUUGAUGAACUUCUUGUACGUGAAUGCUACGUCUUCGGGGCCCACUGUUGAAUACGUGAAACCUUCUUGGAGUUUUGACACAUCAAAAUUUUCAGGGGUUGCUAUUAGUGAAAAUACACAAUCGCAUUAUCGGGUGAGGAGCAAGUGUUUGGAAAAGUUUACAGAGUUGUAUGGUGGGUUAUCGGAAAAAGUGGAGUUCAAGAGGCGGAAGGAUGGGUGGGAUAUGUAGCACCACCACCUUUGGCUGCCGAUGUCAUGUACAUUAUUCAGAUUUGAAUAUGAAUAUGUUGUGUGUUAGUUUAAGUUUUGAAACCACCGGAAAUGUUAACCGGAAAGUGUUAGUUUAAGUUUAGAACAGCCGGAAAUGUUGACCGGAAAAAGUUUGUUGGUGGGUUUUUGAUUGGUUGUUUUGUUGGUGUGUUUUUGGGGUGACAAGUAAAAAUAUGUACAUUUUGUUUUAAGAUAAAGUUUUGAUUUGAUUGCCAACGUGAG